AGCCAGUCGGCGAGCCUGCACCCCUGGCCACUCCGCUGUUCAGCCAUGACGCACCUUCUGCGAUUCGACGUCAGCUUCCUGUCACCGGAACGCUGACGAUUACUCAAACAAAAGGGCGAAAGCCCUGUGCCCGAACGGCGUAGCGGCGAGUUUGAAGAAACGGGCGAGAUGCAACCCCCCGAACCGCCGCCGGCUCAGGCUACCACAUCCGCUUCCUCUACUUCCGCUAACACGCAACCCACAACCAACAAAUUGCCUAAAAGCCGGUCAAUGGUGGUGUCGCUGACGCCACCACGAGAGCGAGAGACAUGGGCGAAGAAGGCAGAGUUCUUGUUAGCUGUGGUAGGAUUCGCGGUAGAUCUGGGCAAUGUCUGGAGGUUUCCCUAUAUCUGUUACCAAAACGGAGGCGGUGCGUUUCUGAUUCCUUAUUGCGUGAUGCUGUUGUUCGGAGGUCUACCUCUCUUCUUUAUGGAGCUGGCACUCGGUCAAUACCAUCGCUGCGGGUGUCUCACACUUUGGAAGAGGAUUUGCCCCGCUCUUAAGGGCGUAGGCUACGCAAUCUGCAUGAUCGACAUCUAUAUGGGUAUGUACUACAACACGAUCAUCGGUUGGGCCGUAUAUUACCUGAUUGCCUCUCUUGCCUCCAUCAAUUCCGAGCUACCCUGGACUAGCUGCGACAACGAGUGGAACACCCCUCUUUGCACACCCGUCACUUCCCCUCUGGCGAACAUCAGCUCAAGCACCCCCGCAAAGGAGUUCUUUGAACGCAACGUAUUGGAGCAACAACGGUCAAAUGGUCUGGAUGAUAUGGGUCCUAUCAAACCGUCUCUAGCUCUGUGUGUUUUUGGAGUUUUCGUGUUGGUCUACUUCUCACUAUGGAAAGGAGUGCGCAGUGCUGGAAAGGUGGUGUGGGUCACAGCUCUUGCACCAUACGUUGUUUUGCUAAUUCUACUCGCGAGAGGUGUUACUCUUCCCGGAGCAACAGAAGGCAUUCGCUAUUAUCUCACUCCUGAGUGGCACAAACUACAAAAUUCUAAGGUGUGGAUAGACGCGGCAUCUCAAAUCUUCUUCUCUCUGGGUCCUGGUUUCGGCACGCUUCUGGCUCUAUCAAGUUACAAUAAAUUCAAUAAUAACUGUUAUAGGGAUGCUAUCAUCACUUCAUCUAUCAACUGUCUUACAAGCUUUUUGGCUGGAUUCGUCAUUUUCUCAGUCUUGGGAUAUAUGGCACAUGUUCAGAACAAAAGCAUUGAAGAAGUAGGUCUUGAGGGUCCGGGGCUAGUUUUCAUCGUCUACCCGGAGGCCAUCGCGACCAUGACAGGCUCCGUCUUCUGGGCUAUAAUUUUCUUCUUGAUGCUUAUCACACUAGGACUGGAUAGUACUUUUGGAGGUCUAGAGGCAGUAACAACUGCGUUAUGCGACGAAUACCCACGGGCAUUGGGAAGACAUCGCGAACUAUUUGUGGCCGGUCUACUAGUCUUCAUAUAUAUCUGUGCACUGCCCACUACGACAUACGGCGGCGUAUACCUGGUGGACUUGCUGAAUGUAUACGGUCCAGGGCUGGCCAUACUCUUCGUGGUAUUCGCAGAGGCAGCCGGCGUAUGUUGGGUGUAUGGCGUGGACCGGUUUGCUGACGACGUCAAAUCUAUGCUCGGACACAAGCCUGGCUGGUUCUGGCGCGCUUGCUGGGUCUACAUAAGCCCGGUGUUCCUGCUGGUGCUGUUCGUGUUCUCGCUAUUGUCUCACUCGGAGAUGCUGGGAGGGGAGUAUGUGUACCCACCCUGGUCCAUCUCCGUGGGCUGGGCUCUCACCGGUACAACCGUCUCACUGAUACCACUUUACAUCGUUUACCUGUUCAUAAUCACACCCGGCUCUUUCUGUACGCGUCUGAAGACCAUCAAACGUCCGCUAAUAACGACCAUACCGCCGACGGAGCACGCACUGUGCUCGCUGUGACCGCAGACGCACACAGUCCCAAGCGACCCCCCACUGACCUCACCAUCAGAAAACCCACAUCUUUACUCUUUACAUCCACACACAAAAGCCUGCACAAUCGAGUGGCUUGUCUAAAUCAUACCAUUCGAAGUCUCGUUGAAAUUUGUCUAUGUAUAAAAUAAUCAAAAUUAAUAGAAACCCUAUAUCAAAUAACAUAUAUUGAAUAAUUUCAGUAAAACAUAUAACUUUGUAUAACCGUAUGUGUGUUCCUACUUUAGCAACUGUACUCUACAAUAUAAUUAAUAAUAAUAAUCAUUUUAUUCAUAUUGUAUGUGUAAAAUAAAUCGAGCGGGUUACAAAUAAGCUUUAAGCAAAAAUAUUAAUAUAUGAUUGUUAGGCUCGUAUGUUAUUUACGACAACGAAAGAUUAUAUAUUCUUAGUUGAUAAUAGUUGUAAUCAAAAUAUACCUUUCACACGCAUUAUUUAAUCUAUAGAUUUAAUUAUUUGUACAUAGUUAGUAAAUAACGCUGUACAUUUGAAAUUAUUGCUGGACAGACUAUAAUAGAAGAUUAUUGAAGCUUGUUUAUGUUACUGGAUUAAUAAUUUAAAAUUAUUAAUAAUAUUUAUCAUUUUAUUGUAUAAGCAUUCUAUAUAAAUUCAUUCUAGGAAAAUAAUAGAUAAGAAGUGUAUAUUAGAUUUAGAUGAUUCUUGGUUUGAAUAAACAAUAUAUUUAGAUUCAAUCAAAUGUUACCUAAUUAUUUUUAUAUUCUUGGGCAAUGAAUAUAAAAAUAAAAAGAUAUACAUAUGUAUAGGAAUAAAAACUUUUUCUGUGGAUGUAGUCAUUGUUCUGUAUAAUACUUUAGAAAAUAUAGAUGCUGUUUAGGUAAUCUUCAGAAACUUCUUUGAAAGCAGUUUAGUGUAAAUAAAGUUGUACUCGCUUAUAAUAAAUGAUAUUAUUCGUAAUAUACAUUAUUUGUGUGGUGUAACACAAUAUUUGUAGAACGUUUAAAUGAAAUUAUAUCUAAUUAUAUUCAUUGCUAAUCGUAUAUUUCAAUAUUAUAUUUAAAUCGUAGAAAACUUUGAUGAUGUCUAAGUGUUUUUAUAAUAUAAUAUAAAAUCGUUUAUAUACCCACAUUGUUAGUAUGUUUUUGUAUUGUGUUAUAGAAUUUCAUGUUGAAUAAGGGUUAAAUGUAGAUGAGUACUUGAUAGACGCUUAUAUAUCCAUUAUAUUACAAAGUUUAUAUGUUAUCACGAUAUGUGCAAACUGGUUUAAUGAAAAAAAAGUACCGUAUCGUAAACUUAUUGCUACACGUAGUAUUAUAUGCUACGCUCUGUACACCGUGCGUAGCGGCCAUUACUUUAAGAGUGGAAAUGCAAUCGAUUUUCAAAACAAAAACACAAAUAUAGGUGCCAUACAACCUUUUUUAUCGACUUUAAGUUUUAUUCUCUAUUAUAGCGUUAAUUGAUAUCACGGCAAAUAUAAAUGUAUUGAAACGAUUGAGUUACAUAGUAAAGAUCACAAAACGGUUUAAAGGUACACAUAUAUGUAUACAAAUAUUAUUUACUCUCAGUAAUGAAUUUAGAGAGAAGAAUAUUAAAUCAGUUUGCACUGGACGUAUUGAAUUACUACUCUGCAGUUAGAAUGUGUGCGUGAUAGUGAAAUAAUAGUUCAAUAAAAACAAAUGUACAGAAGUGGCCUGUGUCAGCCAUUACAGGUCUUCUGAACACUUGUUAAUUA